AGUACCAACUGUAGACUGGGAUGCAUUUGCUGUCCGUGUUCUAUAUACAAGUGAGUCUUUCCAAGCUGCUAGAAGCAAGCUGCCAAGAGCAGAAAUUGUGUCAGAUCUACAGACAGCAGAAGAAGAUAAUGUACCUGCUGUAAAAAAAAGAAUCAGAAGGAUAAAUAGAAGAUUUCUCGAAUCUGACAGUGAAAGUGAAGGUGAAAAGAAAGCUUAUAAACCUCCUGCCAAAAGAGCCAGGCCUCACUUUGCAGAGGCACCACAGGUGACUCCACCAGACAUGAAUAGGCCUGUCACUUCAGUUUUAAUACCUCCAGUCAUUCACCAGCAAACCGUUCAGGAACAACCAAGCCCAGUAUGUGCAGUAAUCGGGAGGGAAAUUUUAACUGUAUUAGAGAUUCUGCGACAACAACAAAAUGAAAUGCUAGGCCUACUUAGGUCCAUCACAAUUGCAUUAGGAAAAAAUCAUCCAAAACAAAUUGAGGAAUUUACUGCUCCACUUGCAAACGAAUCCCAGUUCAGACAAUUUGACAUUAACCUCAAGGCAGACUCUGAUCUUCAGAAGAGACUAAUUGAGUGUUUUGGUGUUUCUGGAGGUAUGACUGUGAAGGAAACUGUUUGGAGAAUUAUGCAAAAAACAGUAACAAAUGACCUGGCAAAAAAAAUAAACUGGACAGGAGCAAAUGAAAAAAUUCCAUUUAAAUCGACCAAACUGAAAGAUAUAAUCUUGGCUGCUGUCAGGAGAAACAGUUUCACUGCAAACGCAACGGAUGGGGAAAUAGAAAAACACAUAAAAAGGUGGCUUCAGCUUUCUGGGGACAGGGAAGGAGGAAGAAAGGACAGAGAAAAGAGACAUGAAAGGAAUAGUCAAGUUACUGAAUGAAGUUUCACUACAAAAAGACAAGGGUUUAACAAGAAAUUAAUUGGGUUUAUCUAGCUUAAAUAAAAAAAUGUCAAUGAAAAAAUAUGAAAACUAUUUAAAUUGCAUUAACUCAUUAAGUAUCCAUAUAUUAUUUUUUAAAAUUGUAUUAUAUAUUUUUUUGUUUCAAGU